AUGACAGAUCCAUCACUAUUUACUUCCAUAACCAGCUGGUUCACACCCACCACUCUCUUUCUCUUCAUCAACCUCGUCAUCGGAACCAUUGUCGUCACUUCUCGUUUCACUUCUCACAAGAAACCGCAAAUCAAUCACGAAUACCAACUCGGUUCCUACGACUCACCCCCACUCGCACGAGCUCCCUCUUUAAUUGACCGAGUUAAGUCCAUUAACUUCUCUCUUUACAAGUUCCCCAACCCAGAAGAACAUCCAUCCUUUGAUCAACCCACGGCUGAGACUGAACAUCUAUACAACACAGGCCCGGUCGACCCGAACCCGCCGCAACUCGCACGAGCUCCGUCUCUGCUCGAACGGGUCAAGUCCAACCUCUUCUCGUACAAGUUUCCUAACCCAGAAGAACAUCCACCCUUUGUUGAACCCACUGAACCUCUAAACGACGCGUUCCCCGCAGACCCAAACCCGAUCCGGAUCGAACGAGUUCCAUCUCUCUUGGAACGAGUGAAGUCUAUUAGGUUGCCUUCUGUUUACAGAUCCCAAGAACCGUACCCGGAAGUAGAAACUGAGGUUAUUCACAACUCUGAAACCGAGGUGGCAUCGGAUCCGGGACAUAAGCCAAAGAGGAGUAAAUCGGAGACGAAAAAGUCCAAGCAGAAGGUCCAGGAGAACAUGAAGAAAUCGGUGAGCGAGAAGUCGAUAAAGGUGGAAACGGAUAAUGAUGAAACGGAGACGGUGGAAGAAAGGAGGCCUCAAACAACUAGAUUGGAGAGAACGGCCACAAUUGGCGAUGGUGAUCAGAGCGUUGAUGCGAAAGCCGAUGACUUUAUCAACAAAUUCAGACGCCAACUGAAGUUGCAGAGACUUGAUUCUCUCCUGCGUUACAAAGAAAUGCUCAAGGGAAAGUAA